GGCACCGGAAGUAGUCCAGCUUCCGCUCGUGGUCCUGGGGCCCCAGGGUGGUUGGUCUUUGUUCCUCCACGGUGUUGUUUGACGCCGUCCGCGUGGCUUCCUGGGGCGUUACAGUGGUAGCAAAUGGCCUUUGGCAGAAAAAUCCAGGUGCUCUGCAGACAUUACAAAAGAAAAAGCAGAUGUACUAUUCCAGUUCCUUUCUCCGGAAUUGCCAGCUGAGGCGUUGGUGGUUUUCAGGAUCCUUUUCUGAACACUUGUAGCAGUAGCUGCUGUUUUUUGUUUUGAAAUUUUAACAUUAGUGGGAUCAUGCCAAGUGAGGAGGACCACAGCUGACUUCCCGGUUUAGCGCCGUAGCGUGGACGUCCCUCUCACUGUCCAUUGUUGGCCUUGACUAGUUGAGUUGGGCCGAGCCUCUCAGGCCCCAUAGCAUUGUGCCAUGAGGGGAGGAGCUCCUUCCAGUGUAGGAACCAGCACUUGCUCUCCCCGUGCGGCCACAGUGCAGCCGUCCCCACCACCAUCCUGGCCUUCCGGCCGCUGCACUGCAGUCGCCCCCACCACCAUCCUGGCCUUCCAGCCUGUCCCCCACAUCACUCUUUGUAGUGCCCCACAGACUGCAUCCUUCACUUGCACAGAGCCUCCCUGGGAUUGGACCCUCCCUUGGCACGGAGCCUCCCUGGGCACCGAGUCUCUGCUCGUUCCCCCAGCACCUCUGCUUGGCUGCUGAUGGGGUUCUCUCCGCCACUGAGACACUGGACAUGUCCACGCCCCACCCCCGGGAGCAGCCCUCCUACCGGCCCAGUCUGGCCUGAACUCCUGAAGGCUUCCCUGCAGGAAGCGCUCGCUCACUGUCCUAACCAGAUUCCCAGUGUGAGGCAUCCUCUUGAGGGCACAGAUAGGGAGGUCGAGGCUGAAGGUGUCCCCCUGCCAGGCUGUCAGCUGGCCAGGUGUGGGGACAGUUUCCGCCACAGCAAGUGACCUUGCAGGGUGUGAGUCGGUGGAGGGGUGUGGGUGGUCCAUGGCCCUGAUUGGGUGGGUGUGUGUACCAGGAAGACAGUGUGUGUGGCCUGAGUGAAGGCAGAGAGGCCAGCUUCCCCAGGUGUCGCCAUGGCAGCCGACCCAGCGCCCAUCGGUCAGGAAGAGCUCGUGAUCAUCAAGAUGGAGGAGGAUGAGGCCGCCCUGUGGGAUCCUGAACCGUUCUUCAAGCCUCAGCCCCAAACCCUGUUGCCUGGGCUUGGUAGGGACCCCCGGCAGUGCUUCCGGAGCUUCCGCUAUGAGGAGGCGGCCGGGCCCCGCGAGGCGCUGGCCCGGCUCCGUGAACUCUGCCGCCAGUGGCUGCGGCCCGAGGUGCACUCCAAGGAGCAGAUGCUGGAGCUGCUGGUGCUGGAGCAGUUCCUGGGCGUGCUGCCCGCUGACACCCGGGUCUGGGUCGAGUCCCAGUGCCCCGAGAGUGGCGAGGAGGCUGUAGCGCUCGUGGAGGACCUCGCUCAGAUGUUGCAGGAGACUGCACUGGCCCAGGCCCCUCCCGAGGACCAACGGUUUGGAGACCUGGCAGAGCCGGCCAAGCCCUUCACGGAUGGAGCUCAGUAUGUUUAUUUCAAGCCCAGGAUGUCCGGAAGCAAGCGUAAAAGCAGCGGUGAUGUAGCUGGUACUGCCAAGAAGCGCCACGCGAUAACGAUGGAAACAAAAGUGAAAAUAAUUGAGAGAGUGGAGCGAGGCGAAAAGAUGGUAGACGUCGCUCAUUCUUAUAACCUGAAUCGUUCAACCAUCGGCUCAAUCGUAAAGAACAAGGACAAGAUCAUGGAACAUGUGAAGUCUGCUAUGCCGAUGACGUCAACAAUAAUAACAAAGAAGCGUGGAAAAGUGAUGGAGGAGAUGGAGAAACUUCUCAGUGUGUGGAUGCAGGAUCAGCGUCAGCGUCGAGUCCCACUCAGCUUAAUGCUGAUUCAAGAGAAAGCUAAGAGCCUUUAUGAAGACUUGAAGAAGAAGCAUGGCGAAGAAUCAGAGGGCAAAUCUUUUAAUGCCAGCCGUAGCUGGGUUCACCGGUUCAAGGCUAGAGCCAAACUUCACAAUGUAAAAGUAAGUGACAAGGCAGCGAGUACAGAUACAGUAGCUGCCCGGGAAUUUCCUGAAACGCUUCGAGAAAUUAUUGAUGAAGGCGCGUAUUUACCCGAGCAGGUGUUUAAUGUGGACGAGACAGGACUGUACUGGAAGAGGAUGCCGGACCGAAGUUACAUCAGUAAGGAGGAAAAGUUGAUGCCAGGCUAUAAAGCAUCAAAGGAUAGGCUCACGCUGUUGUUUGGUGGCAAUGCUUCUGGUGAUAUGAAGCUGAAGCCUCUCUUAGUUUAUCACUCAGAGAACCCAAGAGCCCUUAAAAACAUAGCCAAGGGCUCUCUUCCUGUUGUGUGGAAGAGUAACCCCAAAGCCUGGGUUACACAGGCCAUUUUCCAGGACUGGUUUUUCCACCACUUUAUCCCGGAGGUAGAGAAAUAUUGCUUGGAGAAGGACGUCCCAUUCAACAUUCUUUUGCUGCUCGACAAUGCUCCGGGCCACCCCCCAUUCAUGGACGACUUUCAUCCCAGCGUCAAAGUAGUGCAUCUGCCACUGAAUACUACGGCGCUCAUCCAACCUAUGGACCAGGGAGUUAUAGCGACUUUCAAGAAAUAUUACUUACGUCACACUUUUCGUCAGGCAGUAAAGGCGAGUGACGAAUCAGGAACAACGUUGCGACAAUUUUGGAAGGACUAUAACAUCUACAAGGCCAUAAAAAACAUCGACUUUGCCUGGAGUGAGGUUACAGCCGUCACCAUGAACGGGGUUUGGAAGAACCUUUGCCCGAAGUUUGUUCACGAUUUUCGUGGAUUUGAGAAGUUGGAUGAGGAGUCCAAAGAGGUCUUCAGCAACUUAGUGACCCUCAGUGAGAAGCUGGAGCUAGAUCUGCAAGAGGAUGACUUCAUUGAGCUCCUUGCUGUGCAACAUGAGGAGCUCACUAAUGAAGACCUGAUGGAACUGGAGGCCCAGAGAAAGGAUGAAGAGGGACAGGAGGAAGAAGAAGUAACUGAAGAACCGAAGAGAUUCACGACGCAGGAAAUGGCGAGGGGGUUUUCUUUGUUUGAGGAGGCGCUGUUGGUGUUUGAGGCACAGGACCCGAACGUGGAACGGUUCACGAGGGUGGCAGCAGCCGUUCAGAACGCAGUCCGGUGUUACCGUGUCAUCUACGACGAGAAAAAACGAGCCGCGACCCAGACGUCCCUGGAUCGUUUUUACAAGAGGGUGGAUAGAAUUAAAUCCAGCAAGGAACCAGAACCUGUGCCAUCAACGUCCGGCGUGAGUGACAUUGCAACUGGCCCUCCGUCUCCUGUUGCUGACGAUCCUUCAGCCCUACCAUCUCCCACCUCCUCUUCCUCUUCCAGUCAGUAACUCUUCCUGCCUGUUCCCUCGAUGCCAGCCUCUGUGUGCCAGCUGUUGUACUGUACUACGGUACUUUUCAAGGUACUGUACUGUAAGAUUAAAAAUGUUUUCUUUA